AGGUCUUAAUGUUUUUGGAAAAAUCUUUCUUAUUUCGUUUAUAUAGCAGUGCACGUUAAAACAACUAAAGUUAUAACGAUCCCUAAUUUUGUCAACUUCAAGUGGGGUCCCUGUGAAUGCGCGACGGUGACUUUGAUCAGCGGUAACAAGCUGUAAGGCUUGGUAUCCGCUCCUUUUUGGUAAUGCCCUUGGCAACGAAACAAACUGAGGCGACCAUGUUUUCUGCUCCAGUCAUCAACAGUCUGUUUACUGCAACAUUUGGAAAUCUUACGGACAUUUGAGGACAGCUUUUUACUUUUCACGCUUGAAAAGACAUUGUUAAGCCAACUGGCGUUUUUUAUAGGCCCGGUCGGGAAUUUAACACUAAUAUUCUACGUUUGAAGGCGCUCUGACAAAAUGUCGAUUGCUGUGGCUACUCCGAGGCAUUGCUUCGGUUUGAAAGCCGAUGUUGCAGACAAUAUUUGCUAUCUGGACGAGCAAACGAUCAUCUAUCCAUCUGGAUCGAAUUGUAUUUUAUUCAACAUCGACCAGAAAUCUCAACGAUUUAUUCCCGGGACAGAUAAAAGUUCGGGUAUGACUGCGAUGGCGGUUAGUCCUAAUCGAAGAUACGUCGCUAUUGCAGAAAAAGGAGAAAAGGCUACCAUUACUAUUUAUGAUCUUAACACGCUUCGGAAGAAAAAAGUGCUUAGCUCACCAGAAGUUCAAUCCAACGAAUUUGUUAGCUUGGCAUUCUCGCCUGAUUCUAAGUAUCUUGUAUCGCAAGGAGGAAGACCUGAUUGGACGUUGUUAUACUGGACUUGGGAGAAAGCUAAAGUUAUGGCUGUCACGAAAUCUACCAAUCAAAUGAACUCUCCAGUAUAUCAGGUACAGGGUUUAUUUUGUUUGCUUGCAACAGAACAGAGAUUUGUCCAAAUAAAUGCUAUUAGUCUGGGCAAAUUGCACUAGUAACUAUAUAUUGUUGCAGACUCAGUAUUACUUAACAAUAUUAAUAAAUGAGGCUGAGUAUCUUAUGAAGAAUUAUGGAGAUCAAGGAGGGUGUUAUCCUUCGAGGCCGUAGGCCGAGGCGGAUAACAUCCUUCUCAAUCUCUAUAAUUCUCAUAUGAUACGAAAGCCGAAUUCAAUAAUUGUUUUAUUAUUUCAAAAGUAGGUUGAGUUUGAUUGUCCAGGUGAACGUAGUCCUGAAUAGGACUGUUGUUGUUGACAGUGACUGACGUUUCAACAACCUGUGCGGUAGUCAUCUUCAGAGUCAAAGUGAGUUGUAUCACAUCAGUUGAUGGUAUUAUACUCUGGUUAUUGAUUUGAGUGGUCAAUUACAUCGUGAUGUUAUUGGUCGUCUGUCCGUUAAGCCGUGAUGUUAUUGGCUAUGAAGACUUGUAAUCAGUAAUUGGUGCGUUUCGAUCCGUCCAUUUUCACAGUUAAACAGUCGUCUAUUGUUAGUCAAAUUGUCAUUCUCUCGUAGUUAGUUUUGCUUGAUCUAGUCAAUAAGUCGUUUGUAUGGCGCUGGUAACUGUUGGCUACGAUUCAGUGGCGUUUGUUCUAAGUUAGUAAACCAGCUUUCUAAAGUAAGACGUCCUAUUCAGGACUACGUUCACCCGGACGAUCAAACUCAACCUACUUUUGAAAUGACUCCUGGGUUCAAACCUUUCACUGUUUUAUUAUUCGUUCAAAAUAAUUCCUAGUUUAAAAACGUAGCUAAAACAUGCUUACCUCCUUCAAUCCAUCAACGUUAAGUUUAUCUUCGAUAGUGCACGUUUAGGGUUGUUCAGCUUCACAAAUAUUCUCCAAAUAGCAGAUGUCGCCCUUCGAGGUUUCUUCUUGCUGUUUUUGCCAUGUUUUUAGCUAUUUUUUGCCUAGUUCUUACUCUUGAAACAAGUGCAAUGUCCACUAUUUUUCAACUUCACAACCAAAACAACUCAACCUCGUUCCCAGGUCUUCUCGGUUAACGGUGCAUUAACUUUCAAGAGCAAAAAUGUGUCAGGAAAGGGCAAUACAAUUUAAAAGACUACAUGCAAGUUUCAACCUUUUUUAAUUUACCUGUGACCAAGAAAUAGUACUCUGCACCGCAGAUGAAACUAAACUCUGGUUAAGUCUGUCUCCAAAACAGCAUGGAAAUCCUUGUUCUGGGUCUCCACCUGUGUACCAGGAUUUGAGUACGCAUCUUGAUUGGCCUGUUAAAAAGCCAUUGUGGUUUUGCUAAUCAGGAUGAAAGGAAAAUCGAAACACACUUCCGGUAACUAAUUUUGGUGAGUACAUUUGGGGCCCAGAACAUUAGGAUACCAGUGCCGCUUUGCAGACAUUAUACUCACCAAGAGUAAAUUACAUCUGUGAUGCAGGCUAAGAAAUGGUGGCAAACCGAAUGAAUAUGAAUUUCUUAAUUUGACUUGUUUGUCGUUUAGGUGACAUUCAAUCCCCAAGACAACACUCAACUUUGUGUGGUCGGAAAUGGAAUUUUCAAGUUGUUCCGCUACAGUGAAGGGAAUCUUAAGCAGUUUGCUUUCCA